AUGGAUCUCGAGCCGCGGUCUGCGUUGGUCGUCGCUGUGACGCCCACGGAGCCGUCGUGCUUUGCAGGCGAGCUCUUUGAAUGCGAGAUCAGGUUUACCAACACCAAUAAACCGCAGAGCGCGGCGCGCCAUGCACCCCCGGCGAUGCGACGGUCCGUCUCGCAAGCCGCUAGCAGCCCGGCGCACGAACCAAAAGGCACGCGACUGGGGCUCGUGGGCAUGGAGAGUACCAGCAAGCACGGCGCGGCUGCGCUUGGACGCGGCCAGCCUCCGCGGCGUGGGCACCAGCACAAAUUCUCGUCGCGGUCCGAAGCGUGGGCGAAACCGAACGAAACGCCGCAGCGGUCAGACCUGGCCGUGCACGGCACACAUCCUCACGCGCGCCAAAAGUCGAUCGUUGAGCACCAAGUCGAGGAUCUCAGUCGUUCGUUCGGGCUCAUGCAUGCGGCCGAGCGGCCGCCGAGCCCUCUUGAGACUGCGUCGCCGCGGGUGGAUACGUUUGCCAUCGGCCAAGCCGCCGGCGUCGACGCGACGCUGCGCGAGUCGCUCACUACGUGGACUCGCGAGCAGAACACGACGCAAACGUCGCCGCUGUUUCCCGACGCUGGCGUCAUUCCGCACGGAUACGAAAAACUAAUUUGGGCGUUUGCCCAGUUUGGCGGCACCAUGGAGUUGGACCACCAUCUCGUGCGCAGCGCCGACUUUGAAGCGCUGCGCCUGCGACUCGCACGCGGCGAGGUCGGUGCGAAUACCCCCCAAGAUCCAGGCACGCCAAGUUCCGCGGACCGCACUCCGCGCGUCGUCGGCGGCGGCGAACUGGACUUUGAUACCGAGAUCGAAGCCGGCUCGAUUGAGAUCGAGACGGGUGCGUCGGCCUCAGACAUGCGUGCGUCGCACACUCCCUCUGUUGCAGCACUCGCCGCCCUGCUCUUCCGCUACACUGCGCCCUCAGGCACGAGUCGUGCGCUGCAUACCCCUCGGCACAUGCGUACGGGCUCGACCCUCUCUGAUAUCCGCAACCGCACACUGCUGAGCAAGACACUACCGACCUACUCGACUCCGCCGACGAUCCUCGGCACAGACUUGCUGCUUGCGCCGGGCGAGUCGAAGACGUUCACGUUCCGGAUGCGCCUCCCGCCGGAUCUUCCGCCGUCGUUCCAUGGCCACGCUGUGCAUUUCGAUUACUAUGUCACGGUAGGGACCAACAGGAUCGACACCAACGCAGCCCGCAGCCCUGCUCGGCAGCAGUCGCGCCUCCUGCACAUUCCCAUUCGUGUUUAUAACCACGUCACGCCGAGCGGCGCCGAUACGUGCUUCGAUUUGCUGAAUCCAAUCGUGUCGGCAGUUCCCCACGCGACCGUUGCAUCGAACAAGGCGGAUGCCGGGGGCGAUCGCGACGAGAUAGUCACGCUGCUUGAGAUGCUGCGUGCCGGCGACGCGGCGUCUGCAACAACUCUCCGCGGCGACGUGGCGACGUUUAGCUGCAUGGACGCGGCAAACGAAUUGACGCGCACCGCGGGCAAAGUCUCGUACGAUAUUGCCAAGGACGGGCACAUCGCGGCUGUGCUUAUGUUGGGCCGCGCGCGCUACCGACUUGGUGACAGCGUGCAAGCGCUCUUGCGCAUGAAUCUCCCAGAUACCCAUGUACGGAUUGUUAGACUCACGGCGGCGCUAGAGUCCUGCGAGGAAGUAGACCCCUCGCUGGCGACGCUUCCAUCUGCGCGAGUGCAGCGGCACACAAGGCAGGUGUACGCAACGCACCACGAAUCUACAUUGGAUACGCGGCAGACGAGCUUUGUCUUGAUGAUUCCGAGCGGCGCAACACCGGCAUUCAGCACGAGCGGCAUUCAGCACAGGUGGUCGUUGCGCGUCUCGCUCUUGACUGCGACUUGUACACGGCUAGAAGACGGCACGCGUGUGGGUGUGCCGAUGCCGCCGCAUCUUGUGGGUGCGCAGGAUGCAUAUGCUGCGUUCCACACGUCGUACCAUGGCGUGACAACAUUAAGUGGCGUGCAGACAGAAGGAGGCGUCGAGACAGAGGCACGGCUUGAUAUCGUAGAGUGCUCCGUGCCCGUCUCCGUGCUUCCAAACAGCGCCAAGACCAAAACGGUACCUAUCGAACUGUAUGCAUAG